AUGGGGCGCUGGCACGGCCGGCUUUAUGCGACGGAUCGGGCCAGAGAUUUUGAUCAUGAGAGAGACCGUCAUGUUCGAGUCCGACAGAUCUACGAAACCAUCGAUCGGCAACCGUUUCAAUGGGUUGUGGUACUGGUCGCCGGAGUUGGCUUCUUGCUGGAUGGUUUCUCUCUCUUCGCUGGCAAUAUCGCCCUGCCCAUGAUCGCUUAUGUCUACUGGAAUGAAGAAGUUUCCUCGUUUCGCCUCACCUGUAUCAACAUUGUAACUCUUACCGGCACACUCGUUGGACAAGUCCUAUUUGGCUUCCUAGCCGACCAGAAGGGUCGCAAGAGAAUGUAUGGUAUCGAGUUGGUAUUACUCAUUGGCGCAACCCUCGGUGUGGUCAUGAGCUCCCGUGGCUCUAAUGGAAGCAUGAGUGUCUAUGCUUGGUUGAUCUGGUGGAGAAUCAUCGUUGGAAUAGGUGUAGGCGCAGAUUAUCCUCUGUCAGCCGUCAUUACCGCAGAAUUUGCGCCAACGAAGCACCGGGCCAGAAUGAUGGCUACGGUAUUCUUCAUGCAGCCGCUGGGGCAGAUUUUUGGAAACGUAGUCUCACUCAUCGUGGUUAGCAUCUCUCGAAAGUCGAAUCAUGAAGAUAUGAUAAGGUCGGUCGAUAUCAUGUGGCGUUGGAUUAUCGGUCUUGGAGUCGUCCCUGGUGUCAUCGCUCUGCUUUUCCGCUUCGCCAUUCCCGAGACCCCCCGCUUCUUACUCGAUAUCGAAGACGACCCUAUCAAAGCCGAAUUUGACGCCACUCAGCUCUUCGGCGAGUCGUCGAUGGGCAGCGAGCUGGAAAACGGCAUGUGGUGUGAUUCCCCCCCCGCAUCGCACGCCUCGAGCCAGUCCGUGGACAUACCCGUGGACGUCAAUCCAUCGUGGGUGAUCACAUCCGCCCCACCCACGACACUGAACUCGUCUUGGAAGCUAUCCAAGGCGGACAUCAUCCAAUAUUUCUGGACCGAAGGGAACUGGCGCACUUUAUUCGCGACAUCGAUGUGUUGGCUCCUACUCGACUUCGGGUUCUACGGAAUUGGACUCUCAAGUCCCCAGUUCCUCGCAAAGACAUGGGGAAAUCUCGCCAUCACCGGGCCCAGCCCUCCCUGGAUGACCGAUCCCAACAAAGACCCCUAUGCCAUGUUCCUCGAGACGUCCAUCCAAGCCCUCGUGAUCCUGAACACAGGCAGUUUUGUGGGCGGCCUCCUGUGGAUCACAUGCGCGAACCGCCUGAACAGAGUCAGCCUCCAGAAAUACGGCUUCCUGGCGCUCGCCGCGCUGUUCAUUGCCCUAGGCACGGUCUUCAUCACGAUCCAGCGCGAAGGCACACUCGCAAUCUGCCUGUACGUGAUCGGCCAAGUGGCAUUCAACUUCGGGCCCAACUCGACCACCUAUAUAAUCCCCGCCGAGCUCUUUCCCACCCGCUACCGCGCAAGCUGCCAUGGCAUCAGCGCUGCGGCCGGAAAAUUGGGCUCUAUCCUCGUCCAGGUGUUCUCCGCGUACUACAAAUUCGGCUCGUCGAGUCCCGGCGAUGACCAGACCAAGCGCUACGGCACGAUUCUGGUGGUGUUCAGUGUGUGUAUGAUUUUUGGUGCGAUCAUUACACAUUUCUGGAUCCCAGAAGUCCAGGAGAAAGCCAAGCGUGGAGAGAUAUGGGCCGGCAAGGCGAAGAGUCUCGAGGAGCUGGCGCUGGGUAGGUGGGGUCUCAGGAGUCAGUCGGUGAUCCGCAGUCAGCCGAGUCGGGCUAUCGACGGGCUGCGAUCAUAA